GCGUGUCUGUGCAUGUUGCGUGUGUCUACUGGGGGUGAUACUGUGUCUUCUUUCUUUUUUUUUAUUUUUUUUUUUUUUUUUCCCGAAUCAGGAGCUCUGAAUGAAAGCCAGUCAGAGGGAGAGCUCCCCCUUACCUUUGGUUCCCGACUGUCCAGAGUUAAGUGAUGCUGGGAGAAAAAAACCUGAGUUAGAUCCAAGUAGGAUCAGUCUUAGAAAAUAAUAGGGGAAAACAAACCAAAAAAGGAUUCUAAUCCCUCUCUUUCAGUUUGGUUGGGGUGGACACCACUUUCUCAGAAGCAGAAUAAAAGCAUCAAACUAUGCAUACACAAUUCAAAUUCCUAAGUGGAUCAAGAAUUGCAGAACUUCAUAAGGAAGACUGAGUUCUAAAGUUCAAAGGAUUUGGUUACUAUGUACAGUUCAGAGGUGAGUUGCUGGAAACUGUUUGGCUGCACCAGGAACUAGAGACAUAAAACGCAGGUCAAGAAAACCAAAACUAUAGACUCCAUCACUGACCGGCUUGGAGAACAUCAACAGUGGAGAACUAUGACAACACAGCAUGUCUUCUUACUUCUGUUGCUCUGGAUGUGGCUGCCGCAUCCCUGCCAUGCAGAAAUGUUGUUCAGAAGGACUCCUGAUCUCAGACCCAAAAGCUUUGGGGGACGUGCAUCAGGGAAUGAUGGAAAAGCAGUUCACCGCCAGAAGCGAGGCUGGAUGUGGAACCAGUUUUUUCUUUUAGAGGAAUAUACAGGAUCUGAUUAUCAGUACGUAGGCAAGCUUCAUUCUGACCAGGACAAGGGAGAUGGAUCCCUCAAAUACAUUUUAUCAGGAGAUGGGGCUGGUACUCUUUUUAUAAUUGAUGAGAAAACAGGUGAUAUUCAUGCUACUCGAAGAAUUGAUAGGGAAGAGAAAGCCUUUUAUACCCUGCGUGCCCAAGCUAUUAAUAGAAGAACUCUGAGACCAGUGGAACCUGAAUCUGAGUUUGUCAUCAAAAUCCAUGACAUCAAUGACAAUGAACCAACAUUUCCUGAAGAAAUUUACACUGCUAGUGUUCCUGAAAUGUCUGUAGUGGGUACUUCUGUGGUGCAAGUUACAGCUACUGAUGCUGACGACCCUUCAUAUGGAAACAGUGCCAGAAUAAUUUACAGCAUACUUCAAGGACAGCCAUAUUUCUCUGUGGAACCAGAAACAGGCAUCAUAAGGACUGCUUUGCCAAACAUGAACAGAGAGAACAGGGAACAGUAUCAAGUAGUUAUCCAAGCAAAGGACAUGGGAGGCCAGAUGGGUGGAUUAUCAGGGACCACCACCGUGAACAUCACUUUGACUGAUGUCAACGACAAUCCACCUCGAUUCCCCCAGAGUACCAUCCACCUCCGCAUUCCUGAGUCCUCCCCAGUUGGAACAGCCAUUGGCAGCGUCAAAGCCACAGAUGCAGACACUGGGAAAAAUGCAGAAGUAGAAUACAAAAUUAUAGAUGGUGAUGGAACAGAUAUGUUUGAUAUUGUGACACAGAAGGACACACAGGAAGGCAUCAUAACAGUGCGAAAGCCACUGGACUAUGAGACGAGGAGACUUUAUACCCUGAAAGUAGAAGCUGAGAAUACCCAUGUGGAUCCACGCUUCUAUUAUCUUGGGCCUUUCAAAGAUACAACUAUAGUGAAAAUCUCUGUAGAAGAUGUAGAUGAACCUCCCGUCUUCAGUAGAUCUUCUUACCUUUUUGAGGUGCAUGAAGACAUCGAGUUGGGGACAAUAAUAGGAACAGUAAUGGCGCGGGAUCCUGAUUCGGCCUCAAGUCCAAUAAGGUUUUCUUUGGAUCGUCACACUGACCUUGACAGGAUAUUUAAUAUUCAUUCUGGAAAUGGGUCCAUCUAUACUUCUAAGCCACUUGACCGUGAGAUAUCACAAUGGCACAAUCUUAGCGUUAUAGCAGCUGAGAUCAACAACCCCAAAGAUACUACUCGUGUUCCUGUCUAUGUAAGAAUUUUGGAUGUUAAUGACAAUGCUCCACAGUUUGCUGUAUUCUACGAUACUUUUGUCUGUGAAAAUGCAAGAGCUGGACAGCUCAUUCAAACUAUAAGUGCAGUAGACAAAGAUGACCCUCUUGGUGGACAGAAAUUUUUCUUCAGUUUAGCUGCUGUUAAUCCUAACUUCACAGUUCAGGAUAAUGAAGAUAACACUGCCAGAAUUUUGACAAGAAGGAAUGGCUUCAGUCGUCAUGAAAUCAGUACUUAUCUUCUACCAGUGGUGAUAUCAGACAAUGAUUACCCAAUUCAGAGCAGCACCGGCACACUGACAAUUCGAGUGUGUGCCUGUGACAGCCGAGGGAACAUGCAGUCCUGUAAUGCCGAGGCCUUGCUUCUCCCUGCUGGCCUCAGCACAGGGGCACUGGUGGCCAUUCUCCUCUGCAUCAUUAUCCUGCUAGUUAUAGUGGUGCUGUUUGCUGCUCUGAAGAGACAACGAAAGAAGGAGCCUUUGAUCCUCUCUAAAGAGGACAUCAGAGACAACAUUGUGAGUUAUAAUGAUGAAGGCGGUGGAGAGGAAGACACCCAAGCCUUUGAUAUUGGCACACUGAGGAAUCCCGCAGCUAUCGAAGAUAAGAAGCUUCGGCGAGACAUUAUUCCUGAAACAUUAUUUGUACCACGGAGGACUCCUUCAGCGCCAGAUAACACAGAUGUCCGAGAUUUCAUUAACCAAAGGCUAAAAGAGCACGAUACUGAUCCUUCUGCACCACCGUAUGACUCACUUGCAACCUAUGCCUAUGAAGGAAAUGAUUCAAUAGCUGAAUCCUUGAGCUCCUUAGAGUCAGGUACUACUGAAGGAGACCAAAACUAUGAUUACCUCCGAGAAUGGGGCCCUCGGUUUAAUAAGCUAGCUGAAAUGUAUGGUGGAGGAGAAAGUGACAAAGACACUUCAUAACCUACAGUAGACUACGUUUUUCUUUCCUUUGAGUGGAAGUAAUUUUACAGACACCUUCUGCACUCAACAGUACUUAACAUUCAGGAAAAUUUUCCUGCCACUCGGCACAAUGGUUUCCUUUUAAUUUUUUUUUUUUAAUUUGUCCAUUAAUGUCAUUCAUUCUUUCUAGUAGGAUGUCACUUGGAAUAUAUACAGAAUUUUAUUUAAUCACCUUCCAAGAGCCAAAGCUAUGGAAAUUCAGUGUUGUCCAUUUCAGUAAGUAAAAUAAACAAUACCUUACCUUCAGAAAAUUGAACAGAUGAUAAUCCCUUAAGCAACCUCAUGUACAAGUCGCUUCUGUUAGGUACAUGUCCUAUCCCUGCAACUGCAGCUUUUAAGAUGGCAAAGAAGAAAAAAUCCAGUAUGUCCUGUUCUGUACAUUAAAAUUAAAACGAAAUGUACAAGUGGUGUUAAUAAGUGUAAUAUGCAGCUGGUUUAAAAAAAAAAAAAGUUUGUGCAACUUCAUUUCAUCAAAUUCUAUCUGCCAAUGUUUUAUAUUUAUAUUUUUGUAUUUAUUUUUAAGAAAUAAACCAGGUUUUACAACUAUGUUGAUGCUUGCCUGCCUGUUAUGGCCAUCAGUUCCAGGUUUGACAAGAAUGUGAAAUUUCUGUGAUGCCAGCACUGCCACCUGCAAGUAUUUCUGCUCUGCAGUAUUCUCCAUGCAUAUAAUACAAUCUGAAGUGACUUGUGCUUACAGGGAGAAGAUCAAGUUACAGACAUAUUUACUUGCUCAAAAGUGCUACUUCCUAUAUGUUUAAGAGAAAUUUUGUUUUAUUUUUGAGCUGAACUUAUACAGUUCUAUUCUAGAAAGAAGAACUACUAUUUUGUCUCAACUUGAAUUACCUUACUGUAAAAACGUGCUGGUAAAACUAAUCCAUCCAAUCACAAAAAGUUAGUUUCAAAACCUGCAUUUUUAUGUUCUAUAGUUCUCAAUUUUGAAUCAUAGUUUCAUCAUCAGAGGUGAUAUGCAAAUGCAAUGGAUAAAGUGUAAAAAUAUUUUUAAGCAAAUAUUUUUAAGAACCAUCCUUUUCCAAAGACAUAUCCUUUGAUGACUAACCACUGUGCAGCCAUUUGAGAGUAACCUAAUCUCCUAUAAAGCUGAUAAGCUGCAUGAAAGCUGACAAAGUGCCAGUAAAACUAGCACUUCCCUCACUCAAUCUAUUGAAUUUCCUAACAGCUUGGAAAAGUCUAGCAAAAAGAAACCUGAACAACUAGCCAACUGUAACAGAAAUCAUACUUUUGCUAAUCCAAAACAAAAGUAGGUAUCCCAAGACAUUUUAAGAAAAGUCUCUUUUCUUUCAGUCUUUAGAUUACACACAUGUAUUUAGUAAACAAGCACUGUGAUUUUGAAACAUUUCCAAGAUGAAAUAAUUUCAGAGCAAAGGUAGGAUGUCAUAAGAUCUACAUUGUUUAUUUAUUGUGGAAGAAGCUGAAGAAUAAUCUCCCCUCUGUCUCUCUUAACUUCCUACUGGCAUAAAAUCAACAGAUAAUGAAAAUAUAUUAAUCUUUUGAAAAGUGCAACGCUGUUUUCUUAUUUGAUCAGAUAUUUCUUGUCCUUAAUGGAGUGAUUAAACCCAAUGAAGUUGAAAGCUGAACACAGUGCUAUUAUGCAAGCUAUCUUGGUGCAAUGGAGAUCAAAUUUUUAUUGACUUGAUAUCAAGUUAAACUAUUUGAUCUAUUAAGAAACUGUGAAGAUUAUGGAUUUUUCUUCAUUUCACUCAGUAAUACUUUCAUUAACAAAAGUAAUUCUUAUAUUCCUUAAUAGAAAAUAAUUCUGAGGAUAUUAAGAAACAUCUUGGAUUAUCAGCAUUACAAAGCUUUGUAGAAAUCUUAGAGACCAUACAAACAAUUGGGUUUCUUUAUGAUUAUCUAGUGAAAUGGAUCUAAUUUUUUCUUACUUCCUAAUCUCCAUUUGUCCUUCAACAGCAUGUAGUAGGAAGAAACAAGCAAAAAGAAUUAAUACAUUAAGUACAUAAAUAAUCAACAAGCACACUUCCAAUACAAUAUUAAUGCAGACUUCCUGUCUGCAUUAAUAUUGAGGUAAGUGACACCCUACAUCUUUAACUGAGUAUGUAUUAGAACAAAAGAUAAAAUAGUCUGUAAUACAGCUGGGUUUUAUCUCUUUGUUAAACAAAAGAUUUUGGUUAAACACAUCCAGCCAAUGAUUUUACAUAUAACUCAGUAAGAAUUUCUGUCUGUUUCUAGAAUGAAAAAAGAAACAGAGAGCUCCCUCUCUCCUUAAACCCAUGAGCAAACACUACAUUAUACGUUAUAUUUUGAUUUGCGUUUCAGUACUUAUUUCUGAAUAAUAAUUUUGUGGAAAUAUUUCUCUUAUCACUGCAUUUAAGGAAGUUAUUUUAUAAUUGUUCAGCAUAAUCUAAACCUAAUGUUUAAAAUUUAAUCCUGUAUGCUUUAUGAAAUAAAAUAGUAGUAUACAUUGUGGAAGUAUAUGACAGUAUACAAACAUACUACUAAAAUUAUUAUAUAAAUAAUAUAAAUGAAAAUUCAUUUCAUACUUCUUGCCAUAUCCUUGGAAUUUUAUUUCCCAGUAUAUUUUAGGAAAAGGACAAAAAAAUCCAUUUCAGCAUUAUAAAUGUUGCUGUGCAAACAGCAUUUUAUUGUACAGAUAUCUCAGCCUAGUGGAAGUGGGCAAAGGAAAAUGCAGUCACCUGUGCAGACAAAUCAUUAAAAAGCAUUCAGGAAGUAAUAAUUCAUUGCCAUAGUUUAUUUUAGGAACUGGAUCAUUACACGUAGUCACAGAAGACUCCACAAUCAAGUGUUCUCCAUGCUUUUACAUGCUACAGAUUAGUCAUAACAGCUUAGUCAAAUGUAAGGCCAUAUAGUAAAAGAUAAAACCAUGAGUAUCGGAUGUCAUGGAAAGGGAGAACAAAGGCCUCAAGAUUCAUCAAUGUAAUUCUUACACCCUUGCAAUAAUGAGGAAUUAGAAGGUUAAAUUCCCAGACAGUUUAAGAGAAGAAAAGUUAAAAUAGGAUAUUUGCUUCCCAAGUAGUACCUGAUAAGCCUAGCCACAUGAAAUUGUAUGAAACUUGAAAAAAUACAGCAUUUAGUAAACAAGACUCUGGUAUUGUUUAGUCUAAAUGAAUUUUUUAUGUGUUCUUACACAAACAUGCCACAGGACCACAUUAAAGGAGAAUAUACAUUAAUAUUGCAUUUCAAGUGGAACCUACAAAUGACUGACAAGGCAAACCUUAUGAAUAUUUAAAAAUUCCAAAACAUAUCAAAACUAUUGCAUCCACUGGACCCCAGGAAACAGUGUGUUCUUAGAGUCUGUUGCAACAAACUGAUUGUUUUUUUCUUAAAACAAAGGGAAUUUCAUGAAAGAUAUGUACAAGAUCUUAUGUUGGCAACAACCACAAAAAUAGUAAUAUACCAUAGGGCCUUCAGGAAAAAUGUUGAUGGUAAGAAUUGUCUAAGCAGACUGAAAAAAACAGGGAUAAAACAAGCACUUUAAUAAAAAAAAAAAAUCUUACAUUGAGCCUCACCAGGUCAAUAUCCACCAGCCCUGUAUAUACAGAUGUUUUUCUCAUUCACUCUCAUUCACUCUCAUUCACUCUUACAAGGUGUCACAGUUCCACCAUUUGUCCUGCAACGGUAUUUAAUACUACUCUUGGGCCAAACUACUUUACUAUCUGUCAAGAGCCUACCCUUCAUUCCUCUCACUCAUUGUCCGGUGUGACUCUAUUGACCUUGAAUCAGAUUUCUUGUAAUGUUUUUUUCAUAUCUUUCUUAUCCUACUCAUCACACUAAGUUGGAAGAAAAAGAAUCAAAAUUGUUACAUUAUUCUUCUUCAAACCUCUUCUUAUAAUUUGGUCCUAUUAGAAUAGGAAUGUUAAGGGCUAAAGAGCUGCUUACUAUGCUAAUCGCAAAUGGUGGAGGCAAUUCAGUCCAAUCAUUGCUCCAAAAUGUUUCAGGUUUGUUUGCCUUUGUUCUAACAGAAAUCAAAUUAUUUGAUGGUGUUCAUCUAGGUUUAUCCAUCAUUUGGGAAAGAGUAAAUACUUCCUUUUGGCCCAUAGUUAACUAUUCAAACGAAGAUUCAAUGAACUUUUCAAGAAGCUAGUUAAUAACAUCUAUUUGAUAUAAGCAUAUAAAAAAAUGGGUUUAGGCUUCCUAAAGAGGAAUUAGAGAUCUGACUAUAAAAGUUCCAGAAGACUUCAAACAGUGUAUUAUCAUUAUCGGACUCACAUGAACAGCACAGAAGUCACCGAACAGUAAUCUACUCACAGCGAGAUGAGCAGAUAGAUGUUCAAGAUAAAACAAUUUCACUUAUUCAUCACAGCGUUAUCUAUUAUGUCCCAAAAUGUUAUGUAAAUAGUAAACAUAAUGAGUAAAUAGCUAAUACAAGGAGACACGUGAAUACAAAUUUUUUUUCCAAACAAAUCAUCAUGGACUUCUCUAUUGUCUCUCUAGUUUUUCAGAGACUUAUUCAAGCUUUAUUUUAACAUGGUUGAACUGGCUGAAAAGUCACUUUCCACUUUACUGAAGAUGUAAAAUAUGGUAACAACCACAUGGGAAUCAAUAAAUACAAUAAGACAGAUAGAAUUUUUUUAAAAAGUUCUUUUGUUUUCUCUUCUUUAAAGAUAUUUUUGUUUUCAUUAUAAAGGAAUAUAGUCCACUAUAAAUUCAAAGGCAGUUUUUAAACUAAAGUUUUUUUCUAAAUGCAAAUUUCUCUUUUUUAAAAAAAAUAUUUUCAAACCAAACAUUUAAUAUUUGAGGGAACUUUAUUGUCUUUAAGUUGAUGUCAACCUCAGUAAACAAUGAAUAAUAAAAAAAAUUGAAAAUAAAUGUGGCAAAUACUUGUUCUUUUAUUUUUGGCUAUAAACAAGAG